AUGAAGCUGCUCGCCGCGCUGCUGCUCUCGUGCGGCGCCCUCGCUGCGACGGCCGCAAACACCACAGCUACAGAGCCCGCCGUCCAGGUCCUACCGAAGAACUUCAGGCCGCCGCAGGUCUUCCAGAAUACCAAUCUCGUGCGCAUAAUCAACCUGGAGAAGAGCUAUGUGCGGGAGUCGAUCAACGUUGUGGUCGAGAAUGUCGGCCGCCAGCCGCAGUCAGAGUACUAUGUGGCCUUUCCCACAGACACCAGCAGCAAAGUUGGCGGCCUCGAGGGCUGGCCGAAGGACGCAGCAGAGAAGAAGAAGUUCAGAGUCACGUCGACACAGCAGAUCCCGUCAAGCUCGCAUCAAUACUUCAUCGUACACCUCCAUCAACCCCUCGAACCCGCUGCAAAGCUGACCAUAACGCUUUCAUACCAUCUGCAAUCUGCUCUCACUCCUGUCCCGGCUGCCAUUGAGCAGGAUGGCAAGCAAUAUCUCUCGUAUACCUUCCCACAGUUCGCUCCGUCCGCCUACACCACCAGCAAGCAGAAGACAACCAUCAAGUUCCGUGUCACAGAUGUCCCGGACUACACCCAGCCUACUACUCUCAAAUCCGAGGAGGACCCCAAGCGUGAGGGCAGCACCUUUACCUAUGGCCCGUACGAUAUGGAAGUCAAGCCGGGCAGCAGUGCACCCGUCACCGUCCGCUACGAGCAUACUAGAUCAAUAGUGACCUGCACCCGUCUCGAGCGUGAUAUUGAGAUAUCCCAUUGGGGCGGUAAUAUGGCCACCGAGGACCGGUUCUGGUUCAGAAAUGAUGCCGCCAAAUUGACCAAGCAGUUUUCCCGAGUCGAAUGGACUAAGAAACAGUUCCAAAACGCCCAGAGUGUGGCCUUGAACUUGAUUAGAGUACCCCUUGCUCCGGGGUCCGUUGACCCUUACUUCAUCGACGACAUCGGCAACGUCUCAACCAGCCGAUUCCUGCCGUCCACGCAAACACGUUUCGGCCUCUUGGACUUACGCCCUCGCUACCCCAUCUUCGGUGACUGGAAGUACAGCUUCAAGAUUGGCUGGAACAACCCGCUCUCCAGCGUUUUGCGCAAACAGAAAAACGGUUCUGGCGAGUCCUACGUGCUCAAAGUGCCGUUUAUCGACGGCCCAAAGAUCCCUGAGGGCGUUCAGUACCAAGACGUCGAAAUCCGCAUCAUCCUGCCCGAGGGAGCUGAGAAUGUCAAGUAUGAGAUCGUUGACGGAUUGGGCAUUCCCAACCAUAUCCGUUCUGAGAUUUCAUUCCACAAGACCUUUUUAGAUACCAAGGGGAGAACUGUCCUGAACCUCUCCACUACCAAGGUUGGAGAUGAAGCUAAGGAUGGAUUUAUCAUCGUAACAUACGACUACCCUUUCUUCGCUGCUUUCAGAAAGCCAUUGAGCAUUUUCGGCGCUGUGCUUGCGGUCUUCACUGCUGCAUGGGUCCUGGGUAACAUUGACGUUAGCAUUAAAAGGAGGUAG